GGUUCUGUAAGCGCUUGUCAAUGUCAUCAGUGUAACUGAAACUCUGUAUCUGUGUGCAGUUUACGUGGAAAUUAUAACGUUUACGUUGUCUGCAUUCGACAAUGAAUUUGGUUCGUUCAUUCAAAUUGAACACAGGAGCAUUAAUGCCUGCUAUUGGUUUAGGAACAUGGAAGUCUAAACCUGGUGAAGUUGGUGCUUCAGUCAAGGCUGCUGUUAGGGCAGGUUACAAACACAUCGAUUGUGCUCAUAUUUACAUGAAUGAAGGAGAGGUUGGUAAAGCACUUAAGGAUGUGAUGCAAGAAAUGGGAAUAAAACGAGAAGACAUGUUUGUUACCUCAAAGUUAUGGUGUAAUAGUCAUGAUGAUGUCCUGGCGGCUUGUCAAACCACUUUAAAAAAUUUACAGCUUGAUUACUUAGAUCUUUAUUUGGUGCAUAAUCCAUGUACUUUUCCCAAAGAUAUGGCUUUCCCUAUGUCGCCGGCACAGCUGAAAAAAGUCAUUGGUUAUGAUAAAGAACGAAUGAGUGAAACAUGGAAGGGUAUGGAAAGUUUGGUCGAAAAAGGUCUGUGUAAGGCUAUUGGCAUCUCUAAUUUUUCCACCACAAAAGUGAAGGCUCUUCUUGAAACUGCAAAGAUUGUUCCAGCCACAAACCAAGUUGAACUUCAUCCUUACUUAUCACAACCUGAGUUGAAGAAGUUUUGUGAAGAAAAAGGCAUUAUUAUCACAGCUUACUCAUCCCUGGGUUCUGCUGAUCGACCAAUGUUUGAUAAAGAUGAUCCAAUUCUUAUGCAAGACACAUUGAUAAAACAAAUUGCAGAAAAGCGUAACUGUUCCCCGGCCCAGGUGUUACUUGCCUGGGGUGUUCUUUAUGGAUGCCCUGUUCUACCAAAGUCAGUGAAGGAAGAGAGGAUAAAGCAAAAUUUGGAUACAUAUAAUGUUAAGCUGGAGGAAGAAGACAUGAAAGCCUUGGCCAAUAUUGGGAAAAGAUUUCGUUAUUUGAAAAUGGAACCAUUCUAUGGUGCUGGUGGCUCAGCUGAACAGUACUGGGAUGGUGAACAAUAACCAAUAAUGAAUUCAUUGCUUUUAAUAAUUAACAAUUACCUAACUUGAAUUGUACUAAAGGAAUAUAUUUCAAUCGCAAAUGUUA